GAAGUACAAUUAUGCGUGAGAUUACGCGAGCGACAUCUGGUAAAAUUAGUUUACUUUCGCUCAAGUUGGCGGGUGCAUUCACAGAAAAUGUUAUGUUAUUGUCAUAAUAGGUGAUCAAUUCUCUAUCAGAGUUCAUUAUCCUGAUUUCUUUGUGUUAAAUUGAUCAUCAUGCCUAAGAAAUUCGUCGGUGAGAAUAGUAAGGCUGUAGCAGCCAGGGCAAGAAAAGCUGCUGCUAAGGAAGCUGAAAAUACAAAGAAAGCUUUGGAAGCUGAAGAGAAAGCUUGGCAGGAUGACGACAAACAAGUAUUAAAGAAGAAACAGAAACAGGAGGAACUCGAGAAGAAAAGACAGCAACAAUUAGAAAAGAAGGCUGAAGUGAAAGCUCUAUUAGAAAAAGAAAUGGCAACUAUAAAAGUAGGAGGCAAACAACCUACUGCUAAAAUUACAAAAGCUGAAAUAAUGGCAGCUAUGGAGAAGCGCAAUCAAGCUGCGAAAAGUGAGAAGAAAAAGGAGGAAGAAAAACCAAUCGAAGAAAAUUUGAAUAGGAUUAUUGUCGAAGGCGAAAGUGCACAUGGUAUAGACGAAGCUUUAUCGAUUUUAAGCGUGAAAGAUUCGGAAGUUGAUCGUCAUCCCGAGAAACGUAUGAAAGCUGCUUAUGCAAGUUUUGAAGAGAAAAUGAUGCCUAUUAUUAAGGAACAAAAUCCUACUUUGAGGCUCAGUCAAUUGAAACAGAUUUUGAAAAAAGAGUGGAUGAAAUCUCCUGAAAAUCCGCUCAAUCAAAAGCUUUUUAACAAUUGAUAUUAGUGGUAUAUUCAUUGAUAGUCUGCGCACUUUCACAUGACUGAAUAUAACUUUCUUAUCUUAAAUGUUUGAAAAAAAAAAGAAAAAAAGAAAAAAA